AUAAACCGAAGUUUGAAGAAGUAAACGGAUCUUUUAUCGGUACUCCUGGCUGUAAUCGAAUGCACGUGGAGUUGGCAGCCCUCACAGCUGAUAGUGUUGGAAAAGCUUGAAGGCCUAUGUGGGCAAAGCAGCUGAUUGCGAAAAUCAGCAGGUCGAACAACAACAGCUUCUGGUUGUGGAUCGGUGAAACGGAAUCGGAAAAGGUCGCCAGAAAAGCGAAGAAAAUGUCUGCUUUUAUCGAGGAAACCAAAAGUCUGCUGCCCCGCAUCGCCUUCAUCGCCUGCGGCUGCUUCAGUCCGCCCACACCGAUGCACAUGCGGAUGUUCGAAAUAGCCAAGGAUCACUUCGAGAUGCAGGGCACCCACAAGGUGGUAGGCGGCAUCAUCUCGCCCACCCACGAUUCGUACGGCAAAAAGGGCCUGGCCUCCGCCCUAGAUCGCUGUGCGAUGGUGAAGCUGGCCACCCAGAGCUCCAGCUGGAUCCGCCUCUCCGACUGGGAGGUUCACCAGAAUCAGUGGAUGCGCACACAGGCUGUACUGCAGUACCAUCAGAACUACAUCAAUAACGAGCUCAACUCUGGCGGACCGUGUGGGGAUGGGGAUGAUGGGAAUUCGCACAAGGCCAGCUGGCUACCCAGGGGGCUGCACGACAGUCGAGAUCCCGUGCACUUGAAGCUGUUGUGCGGCGCCGACCUCCUGGAAUCCUUCGCCGUCCCAGGUCUCUGGGCGGAAGCAGAUAUUGAGAACAUUGUGGCCAACCAUGGCCUGGUGGUCAUCACCCGUGCAGGCUCCAACCCAGGAAAAUUCAUCUUUGACUCCGACAUAUUGACCAAAUACCAGAACAACAUAACGCUGAUCACUAACUGGGUGCCGAAUGAGGUGAGCUCAACGCUGAUCCGGCGACUCCUCGGACGCGGUCAAUCGGUCAAGUAUUUACUAGACGAUCUGGUGUUGGAGUACAUCAAGCGCCAGCGCUUGUUCAACGUUAAAUCGCAGGAUGCACCGGCACCGACCGAAUGCGACUCCUGACGCGUUUUGCACCCGAUAGAGAAGUCCCCACCGGCCCAGCGUCACCCAAGCCAUCGGCACCGCCAUUCGCACCACCCGCCCCACCAGCACCAUCCGCUGUUUCAGCCGUGGCGCCUCUUCAUGGAGCGUGAGUGAGCCAUGCCAGAACAGUGAAGGCCAGAUUUCAAGUUCCUAUUUUGCAAAGAAUCCCGCAAUGCAUGUCUCCUUACUAUAACCCCCUAUCUUGGCCCUUGUAAAUAUUCCCCCAAGUAGCUUAGCUGUUUAUUUCCUGGUGGUCAGUGUGCGUAUCCAUCCACUUACCCCGAAACUAUUGCAAUUUGUAGUCCCAUUAAACAAUAACCGUAACUCUGUUGCUGUUGUACUGACCAUGCCCGCCUAACUUCUGGACUGUAGUAAGUAUAUAACGGAUGCAGUGCGUCCCACCCAUUUGCUCUUUAACCACGCCUACACGGACAACAACAAGAACGCAAGCAGCUAUUCCGUAGGCGUUCAGCU